AUGUCUAUAAUAUCCAAUCGUUUAGAAUUCGAAUCCUGCCUGAAUAAAUUUUGCAAUGAAAUCAAGACCUGUACAAAUGAGCCUUUAAAAUGGGAACUAGAAACAACAAAGUCAAUUUUGAAACAAUCCUUUUUAAAACAAAAAGUGUUAUUAGCCAUACCAAAACGUUCAGCCGUGAAUGAAGAUGUAGCUGUUGUGGACAUGGCAAUCAAUGGCAUGGAUCUGGAGGAAGAGGAAGACUGCACAGUACGAGACUCGACCGAGAUCAUUCAGCUAGAACACCACAUUGUAUAUUCAACUAGCUAUCGAGUACCUGUCAUUUAUUUCAAAGCUACAUUCUCGGAUGGCACGCCCUUGUCUCACACAGAAAUUUUCCAAUACAUUAUACCAGAUGUCUACCAAGAUGCUAUUGUGUCGCAAAAUGAUCAUCCAAUGCUAGGCACGCCAUGUUGGUACAUCCACCCUUGCGAUACACCAAGUCUCAUGAGCACAAUGGCAUUUGAACCGCUCGACUAUCUUAAGGUCUGGCUGUCUGUUUACGGCCCCAUUGUCAAGUGUAGGAUACCUACCAGCAUGUUUACUCCCUAG